AUGCAUAUAAAUUUUUACCUAUACGAUGAGGAAGAAGAAGAGGUAAAUAUAGCUAGCAAUUUUAACGUAUACUGUUCUAAUGAUUUACUAAAGGUAUGUAAAUUAAACAAAGAUGAUAAUGCUGUAAUAAUAUGCUAUAGUAGGAACGAACAGAAUGAAGAAAAAUCUUCAUAUGUUUGUUGUUGUUUUAAAAAUUAUGGCGACCUACACAUGAAGAGGAAACUGGAACAUAAUGGUAUAUAUACGAAUAGAUAUGUGUUAAAAAGUUUAUAUUAUGAUCAUCCUAAUAUAAUUAAAAAAGGGAGUAAUAAAAAUGGAAAACCUGUUAAUCUUAAUGUAGAUAUAAAAAAAGUAGGGUUAUAUACACCUAUUAAAGAAAUUAAAUUAAACGUAAGGGAAAUGUUUAAUGAGUCAUAUGAAUAUUUAAAAGAAUUUUAUUAUUCUGAAAAUUCUACCAUGUUACAAACCUUUUGGAUGAAUAUAAAAAAUAAAAAUAUGGAAAAAUAUAUAAAUCUCUCUUUAUUAAAUACUUGCUUAUUUACACAUAAUUUUCUUAAAAUAUCGAUAUUAGGGGUACAUACAUACUUAUCCGUUGAACAACUGACGGUUCAUAAUGAAAAAAAAAAAAAAAAAAAAAAUUCCCUAAACAAAAUUUCGUUAGAUCAUAAUUUUUAUGUACCCUUCGUAAGUGAAAAUACAAAAAUUGUUAUACUACCAUAUGAGGAAGGAGGUGUGGAAAGUAACACACUGAGCAUUGCCGAAAUAAAUAGGAAUGAUGCUAGUAAAUCUGGUGUCAAAAAAGGGAACAAUAAAAAUACGAACGAAGGUAGUGAGAAUGUCAAUGGGAAGCUCGACUUGCAACCCGAUGGACGGUCAUCUAGGUAUAGUAACAACGGAGCGCAUUCCAACGAGUGUAAAAAUAUGAAGAAGAGCAAAAGGGAGACGAAUUGCCUAAAAAAGAAGAUGGGGUUAAACAAAAUAGGAGGAUAUAGCAAAAUUAAAGAGGAUAUAUAUUAUUACAUACUAUUGCCUUUAAUAUAUAAAAAUAUUUAUGACGAAUAUAACAUCGAUUUUAACAGAGGAAUAUUAUUACAUGGACCCCCAGGAUGUGGAAAGACAUUUAUUGCAUUAGCAAUUAAAGAAGAAUUAUCAUUACUAAGAAAUAAACUGAAUGGUGCAAAAUUAAAAAAGAAAAUGGAUUAUAUGGGAAAUUUAAAACAUGGUAUACCGAACCAGAAGGAUGUACAAAAAUAUGAAAAUGAGAAAAAAAAAAUGCUAGAUAUGACUUUUAAUGAUGAUAUAAUAUUGCCAGAAAUGGAAAUAUUGAAAAGCACUGAUUUAAUUGAUACUAAUAAUAGCGGAAUAAAAAUUAAUGAAUUAUUUUUAAGGUGUUAUAAAAGAUAUAUGGAAGAAAAAAAAUGCUCUAUUAUUUUUAUUGAUGAAAUAGAAAUUUUAUGUGAAAAAAGAGAAGAAACAAAUAUUAAUUUAUAUACAUCUACACUACUUAACAAUAUAGAUGGUAUUAAAAAAUACGCAUAUACUAUUUUAAUAGGAGCAACGAAUUAUAUUAAUAAAAUCGAUUUAGCCUUAAGAAGAAGUGGAAGAUUUGAUAAAGACAUGGAAAUAAAUAUACCCAAUUUAAAAGAUAGAAUAUCCAUUUUUAAAAAAAGGUUAGCUAAAAUUAAUCAUGAUAUUAGUGCAAAAAAAAUUAAACUUUUAGCAGAUAUGUGUCAGUCUUUCACCUGCUCAGAUAUUAAUGCCUUGAUAAAUAUUUCCAUGUACAUAAAUUUGAAGCAAAACAAAGUUAUUUCUCGUAAAAUAUUCAGUAAGUGUGUAAAGUGGUCUCCAGUUAGGGCACAGGACACUCAGCCAAUGCGCAACACCGAUAAAGAGGAAAGCAUAAUGGAAAAAAGGGAAAGUGGAUCUAAGGGUACAAAAGUGGGUGAAAGGGGUCGAGAUGAAGCCCCAAAGAUGGACCAAAAAGGUAUGGGUGAAACUGCAAAGGUGGAAUCAAAAGAACCUCCUAAUGGGGGAUUUGCAAAGAAAGAAGGAAUCUGUGACAAGAUAAAUUAUGAAACACCCCUUAAGCCCAAAUCUACUAAAUGGACUAAAGAACCGAGCUUUUUAUUAAAAUAUAGACAUUUAGUGAAAGGUUUAAAGUAUGUAAAACCUUCAGGGAUGAAGGAAUUAUAUGUGGAUAUUCCCAAAACUAGAAUAAAAGAUAUUGGAGGUUAUAAAUUUGUGAAGAGAUGUAUUAAAGAGUGCUUAAUAUACCCAAAAAAAUAUAAAAAUAUAUAUGAAAAAUAUAAUAUACAAAGUCCUAAGGGCAUAUUAUUAUAUGGACCCCCUGGAUGUUCAAAAACUCUAUUUGCUAAAGCAGUAGCUAGUGAAAUAAAUAUGAAUUUUAUAAGUGUUAAAGGUCCAGAAAUAUUUUCUAAAUAUGUAGGAGAAUCUGAAAAAGCAAUUAGAAAUAUAUUUAAAAAAGCUAGGGAAAAUAAUCCUUGUGUAAUUUUUUUUGAUGAAAUUGAUUCCAUUGCAGUAAGUAGAAAUGUAAAUCAGAAUUUUGUUUCUAAUAGAGUUCUUUGUCAGUUAUUAAACGAAAUUGAUGGUAUAUCCAAUCGAGUCGAUGUCAUCAUUUUAGCAGCUACCAAUAGGCCCGAUUUUAUUGAUCCUGCACUGUUAAGGCCAGGAAGAUUCGACAGAAUUAUUUACGUGCCUUUGCCUAAUUACACCUCCAGGUUGUCCAUCUUAAAAAAGACUCUAAAAUUUUACAAAAUUAACAAUAUCAUCGGUCAGGGUCAGGAGGGCGUAACGUUAGCGGCAGAGGAAGUAGAGGAAACAGAAGAAGCAAAAGAAAAAAACGACAAAAUUGAAGAAAAAAUACAUGCCUCUACUGUUACCAAUCAGAAGGCUAUAAAACAAGCAGAAAACAUUAACAGGGGUCAACUAAACUCUCACGGUGUGUCAAAAAAUUUGGAAAAAAUAAGAAAUAGCAAUUACAAUAUGAGCAAUGAAAAACAUUAUUUUGAAUGUAAUACUAAUACUUACAAUCUUAUUCCUACUAGACAGGAAGAAGCUGAAGAAAAGCUAAUCUACAAAGAAUUUGAGGACAGUAUGAGUCAGCUCAAACGUCAAGAAAGAAAAUACUCUUACCGUUUGGGGUAUAAUUCGGAAGGGGUAGUAAACCAAAAUGCACGAGAUGAGCAGAACAAAAAAGAAAGGAGCCGAAAUAAUAAUGCAAAAAGAACAGGUAAAAUAAAUAAUGUAUGUGCGAACGAUAGUAAUUUCUUGCAACUGUGCCAUUUUCUGGCUAAAAAAACAAAGAAAUAUAGUGGAGCGGAAAUUGUAAAUAUAUGUAGAGAGGCAUCUAUAUGCGCACUAAGAGAAACCUUGAAAAAAUAUAAAAAUGAAAAGCACAUGAAAGAAGAUUUUUUUUCAAUCAAAAAUAAUAAUCAUAAUAGUAAUAAUAUUGUCGGUUUAAGAAAAGGGCAUUUUGUGAAGGUUUUGAAAAAGAUUAAACCUCAGACCAGCGACGAGCUUUUAAAUUUCUAUAAAAAUUACGCCAGAGGGAGAAAUUAA